AUGGCCAAGAUCCUCCUACUGAUCAUUGUUGCUAUUACACUCACCGCAGAAGCAGCUCCACACUCGGCGAAGCUCAAGAGGGCCUUCGAUGGUGUCAUGGCUGCUGCUCCACCAGGGAAUGAUUCCGAAGCCGCUGAAGCCGCCGUGAUGGAGCAGCAACUUCAAAUUCUAGCUGCUGUCGCUCUGGCAGAGAAAACAGGAGGUAAGGAGAAAGUUGUAAGCUUGACCGGUUCGUAUGAGAAAGCUGCCGACCAGGUCAUUGCGGCGCCACCAGCUGAUAAGCUCAAAGUGAUGAAGAAAGAAUUCACCGCGGUAACAGAUGCAGCAUGA